CAAUGCUUCUUCGCUGUCUCGCUACUAACAGAAUUCCUUUUUCUACCCUGUCAAGACUGCUCCAAGCAGUGAUAAUAAAAUAAAACACACUCUCUCUCCAACAAACCUUUAAAUCAAAACUCUACUCUUUUGCUUCUCUCUCUACAAAAAAAUUAAGAAAUGGCGUUUAAUAACCCUAAUAUCAGCUCGCUGCCUCUGCUAUGUGGAAUGACACCAGCAUAGUUUCAUCACCAUCCCCAUCACUAUCACCAUCGUCAAUCACGUACUCUCUCCCUUGGAUGGGAGAUGGCUAGGGUUUUGUUGUGAAUGGAUCAGUGUUACAAGAGGGGAAAUGAAAGUUUGACUUUGGAGCGGUUAUUUUGAAUUUGAAAAGUGUUUAGUGGGUAUUGCUAAAUCGCAUCUUUUCUUUUAAUCACAAAUGGAAGAAGAGGGAAAACGGGUUGGAGGGCUUUCUUCUGGAUUGGCUGUUUUAUUGAAAGGCGAAGAUAGAAAGGAGGAUUCGUGGAAAACCCGACUUGUUUCAUCGUGUGAUGAUUUUGGUAAUCAGCCCGUGGAGCGAGCUCUUGAAUAUAUCUUUGGUCUCUCAAACAAAUCACUUGGUCCAUUGACUGGUCCAGUUGACACUAAAUUAGUUCGCUCUAUUUUAAAAAAUGAGUUUUCCAAGUUUUGUAUCAAAUCUGGUGAUUUGGUUGAUAGUAGAGACGGGAUUCAUAUCAGUAAAGAUGGUUGUGAAUCUCAGGUGGUCGGGCUUGAAGAAGUGAGCAUCUGUGGUGAUAUUAGAAUCAUUAAACACCCUUUGCAUGUAGAAAGCUUAGCAAUGUUCAGUAGUGCUAGGUCCAAUGCUUGUGUUUGGAAAGGGAAAUGGAUGUAUGAAGUUCUAUUGGAAACUUGUGGUGUACAGCAGCUUGGAUGGGCAACUCGUUCUUGUCCUUUUACUGAUCACAAGGGUGUAGGUGAUGCAGAUGAUUCAUAUGCAUUCGAUGGGAAAAGGGUUAGUAAGUGGAACAAGGAUGCUGAGCCAUAUGGUCAGCCAUGGGUUGUUGGUGAUGUCAUUGGAUGUUGCAUUAAUCUGGAUCAUGAUGAGAUAUUGUUCUAUAGAAAUGGUGUAUCCCUUGGAGUGGCCUUUCGUGGUAUCCGCAAGAUGGGACCUGGAUCUGGGUAUUACCCAGCAAUCUCUCUUUCUCAAGGUGAACUCUGUGAAUUAAAUUUUGGGGCUCGUCCCUUCAAGUACCCCAUUCAGGGGUUCCUUCCCCUUAAAGCACCUCCUUCCGCAAAUCUUUUGGCUAAGCAGUUGCUUCAAUGCUUAUCAAGGCUGUCAGAUGUGCAAGGUGCGGGAUGGGCUGAAAGUUCUUUAGUUGGUAAAUUGAGAAGAUUGAAGAGGUUUGUGUCACUUGACGAAGUAUUUUAUCCUGUCUGUCAAGGGAUAUGUGAGGAAUUCUUCUCUGUUCUUGAGGGAGAUUCUGGAAGUACUGAGUUUGUGGCAUGGGGUCCACUUCUUUCAUUCAUGAUGGAGGUUUUCAGAGUGCAAGCACCACAUGACUGUUCAGGUCUGGAUAAGUUUAUUGAUGUAUUUCUAGAGUUUCAAGAAUCACGUCUGAUGUUUGAGCAUAUCAUCAAUGCCCUUUCAAGUGGCUGCAAAACAGCAUCUUUGGUUUUAACAGAAUGCCCGUACUCAGGAUCUUAUUCUUAUCUUGCAAUGGUAUGCCAUAUCUUACAACGGAAAGAAUUGAUGGUUCUCUGGUGGAAGUCAGCUGAUUUUGAAUUAUUGUUUGAAGGUUUUCUAUCGCAAAAGAGUCCAAACAAGCAGGACCUUCAAUGCAUGAUGCCUUCUGUUUGGUGGCCUGGUUCAGGUGAUGAUAUCUCCAAUGAUGGAAGAAGCAUGAUGCUGACAACUACAGCUUUAUCGGAAGCUAUCAAAAAGAUUGAGGAGAAGCAUAGGGACCUCUGUCUCUUGGUCAUGCAAUUUGUACCGCCUACAACACCUGCUCAAUUACCUGGCUCAGUGUUGAGGACAUUUUUACAAAAUAUUCUAUUGAAGAAUAGAGGAGCAGAUUGCAAUGCGCCACCUCCUGGAGUUUCAAGCAAUUCCGUUCUUAUUUCUUUGUACUCAGUUAUACUUCAUUUUUUAUCCGAAGGAUUUGCUAUGAGGGACAUUUGUGGCUGGUUAAAGAGGUGUGAACCCAAUGGUCUUGAUGUUGGAUUUCUUCACAGAGGUGGUGAACAAAGUUUCCCUGUAGAUAUAUUUCUCAAAAAUGAUCCUCAUCGAACUGACAUUUCUAGACUUGGGGGAUCAUUUAGUCAUAUCUCAAAAUCCCAUCCUGCACAUGAUCAAGAAGCAGAAGUAAUCCAGUGGGAGGAAGGUUGUAUGGAUGAUGAAGAAACAAGAGUAACACAUAAAACCACACCGAAACCAUGUUGUUGUUCAAGUUAUGAGAUUGAAUUGUCAAAAAUCUCCAAGCAUCAAAUUAGAUACAACACUAAAGAUUCUCGUGUCCAUUGUAGUGGUAUUCCAGACAGGUCUGCUUAUGUGGCUGCAGAAUGCAGUGAAGGAAGUUUGAAUGAUGAGAUAGCCGACAAACCUAGUACAAGUGAUCAAUCUGAAUCUGAUUUUGGUUAUUGUCCAGUGCGAGAUAUUAGGAUUGUGCACAGGGAGAGUGAUAUGUCUUCAGCAACUCUGAGAGAAGAAGAACUUCUAGAUACAUUGCUAUUGCUGUAUCACAUAGGUGUUGCACCAAAGUUUAAGCAGGCAUCGUACUACAUGUCUCAUCAGGCACAGUCAAUAUCACUCCUGGAAGAAACUGACAAACAAAUAAGAGAACGUGCUUGUUGUGAGAAAUUAAGACGCCUGAAAGAAGCUCGUAAUGAAUACCGUGAAGAAGUAAUGGAUUGUGUAAGACAUUGUGCAUGGUAUCGCAUCUCUCUUUUCUCGCAGUGGAAGCAACGAGGAAUGUAUGCAACAUGCAUGUGGAUAGUCCAACUACUUCUUGUUCUUAGCAGAGUGGAUUCCCUAUUUAUUUAUAUUCCUGAGUUUUAUCUUGAAACCCUGGUAAAUAAAUACUUCCCUUCAAUCACUGGCAAGAUGAUGUUGGGUGUAUUUAUCAACCUGUGUCUGUCUGAAAUAGUGUUUAUUACAGCUUGUGAGCAGGUUGAUUGCUUCCAUGUGCUGCGCAAGAGUGACCCCCCAUUUGUACCCCCUGCAAUAUUUAUUAAGCAAGGACUUGCUUCAUUUGUAACUUUUGUUGUUUCCCACUUCAAUGAUCCGAGGAUAUUGAGUGCUGAUCUCAAGGAUCUUCUCCUCCAAUCUAUUUCAGUCCUGGUACAGUAUAAGGAGUAUUUGACAGUGUUUGAGAGCAAUGAAGCGGCCACACAAAGAAUGCCAAAAGCACUAUUGUCGGCAUUUGACAACAGAUCUUGGAUCUCAGUGACUAACAUUCUUUUGCGGUUGUGCAAGGGUUCUCGUUUCAGUUCUUCAAAGCAUGGGGAGUCAUCGUCAUCAUCGUCAUUUGUUUUCCAGAACUUGUUGCGGGAAGCUUGCAUCAAUGAUGAAGAGUUGUUCUCAGCCUUUCUGAAUCGACUAUUUAAUACACUCAGCUGGACGAUGACUGAAUUCUCUGUAUCCAUUCGGGAAAUGCAAGAAAAAUACCAGGUUUUGGAGUUUCAGCAAAGAAAAUGUGGUGUCAUAUUUGAUCUCUCAUGCAACCUUGCAAAGGUUUUGGAGUUCUAUACUCGUGAAAUCCCUCAAGCAUUCCUAUCUGGAACUGAGACGAACCUUCGGAGGCUAACUGAACUGAUAGUCUUUAUUCUCAACCACGUUACCUCAACUGCGGAUGCCGAGUUUUUUGAUCUGUCACUUAGACGACAUGGUCAUUCUCCAGAAAAAGUAAAUCGAGGCAUGAUAUUAGCACCUCUUGUAGGGAUCAUCUUGAAUUUGUUGGAUGCAAGGGUGGGGACGGAAUGUGGACAGCAGAAUGAUGUUGUGGGUGUUUUUGCAAGCAUGGACUGCCCUGAUGCUGUGCACUGUGGAUUCCAGUAUCUCUUAGAGUACAACUGGACUAGGUCCGCAAGAGGGGAUGCUUACAGUGGAAAACUUCAGCAGCUAGAGAGUUUCUUGAGCCUCCUUGUUAGCAGGAUUGAGUUGCAACAAAUUGAAAGAACGAAACAUGAGGAAGAGACAGAAGCUGAUGAUAAUACUUGCUGCAUUUGUUAUUCUUGUAAAGCAGAUGCAAGGUUUGCCCCUUGUUCACAUAGGUCCUGCCAUGGCUGCAUAACCAGGCAUCUUUUAAAUUGUCAUAGAUGUUUCUUUUGCAAUGCAACAGUCUUGGAGGUUAUCAAGAUUGAUGAAAGCAGAGCUUAAGUUUUACUCAUACGUUUUCGGUUGCCUAGACUCAUGGAACCGAAGCUGGUCACGGACUGAUUAUCAGUUUCCGGAUGGGCUUUGGAACCAAGAUUUGUCGAAGAAAAGGCAGAAAGAAGUUAGAAAGAAAAUAGGUGGUAUAUUUUCAAGGUUAGGUGGAUGGGGGUUAGAAAGAAACAAUUCUCGUGGAGUUGAUGAAGAAUUUUGUAGGGGAAAUUUGAGGGCAUUACUCUGUAAAUAUGAGAUGUAAAUGGCAAUGGAAAUCUUCUGUUCUCUGUU